GUGUGUUUACAAUCGGUUUGUUCGUGAGCACGUUUCAAAUUUUCCUGCUUUUCACGGUGAAAACAUUUCUCUCUGGUUUUAAAUUGUUUUGGACUUUGCGUAAACGAUGGACCUCUGUCGAACGUGUAUGAAUUCCCGCGGCAAUGACGCGGCUGGUGACAACUUUUACUCUAUUUUCUCCGUGGUUGAUGAUGUUUACAUUGCUGAGCGCUUGACACAAUGGGUCGGAUAUACGAUUGAAGAAGAUGAUGGUUUGCCAUCGGAGGUCUGUUUGCCGUGUGUAGAGGCUAUAAAGUAUAUUGCACAGUUUGUCGAAAAUGCCAAAGAGUGUGAUCGUAAGUUCAGAGGUGAAUUGAAAAUGGGAAGCAAAUUGGACAAACCUACAAUCUGGGUCGAUUAUGCGAAUCAUCAAAACGACGGUGUUGGAAUAGAAACAUUAGAUGAAGUGGACAUUAAAUACGGUAUGCCUCCGUCUGAAUUGAUUGAUAUGGUGAUCGAGCCGUUGAACGUCGAAUAUAUUGAAGAUCCUGUCAAAACUGAUGUCAGUUCCGAAUCGGAGGAAAGCAAUACAGACAAGCGAAAACGUAAAGUCUCUAAACGGCGUAAAAGACAAAAGAGGCUGGCAAAGAAUCAGAGUUUGUCUGAUGAAAACACUCUCCCUGAGGAUGAGGGAUCACCUAGCAGCAAAUCAUUGGCUGUAGAGGAGAAUGUUGACGAACUGGAUGAGGUAGAAUUGGAGACUUUCAACGCUAUCGAUGUAGGUGAUAAAGUAGUGUGCUGUGGUUGCUUACGUUUGUUUGAUACAAUGGAAGAUCUUGAAAAACACGGUAAAAAUGUGCAUCAAGUAAUAAAGCAGAAAAAAAUCAACCACAGCAAAACUGUCACAUGCAAGUACUGCUUUAAACGAUUUGGAAGGAAUGCGCUCUGUCAAAAUCAUCGUAAACCAUAUACAACUUUGAAAAGGGUAUAUGAGUGUAGAAGAUGCCGUAAGAGAUUUAUAAAUCCAGCUACGAGGCGAAAUCAUGCACACAAUCACAUACCGAUAGAUAUACCAAUCCCUAAAUUUUUUACUGUUCCGAUGACUCGAUUAAAGAAACACGGUUUCUUGUGUUGCGUCCGUGGAUGUACCAGUUCUCAAAAAAGUGAGGAUGAUCUAUUCGAACACAUCAAGAAGGACCACAAAAAUAUUAAAAUAGAUUUAACGGUUGAUUUAUUUGCUAAGCCGGUCGAAUGCGUGUUCUGCCACAGAAAUUUCGAAUCCGAAGAGAAGCUAGCUGGGCAUCAAAUUCACAGAUACUGUCAUGCAAAUGGCAUCAGAUUUACUCAUCAAUGCCAUAAGUGCGGCAAAAUUUGUCAAUCGGCAGAACAGCUAACAGCCCACGAAAACCGACACACUGGCGACAAACCUUACGAGUGCGACAUAUGCUUGAAGCGGUAUUUCAGUCCAGCGGUGCUGAGACAACACAGAUUAACUCACACCUUAGACAAAAGCCUUUCAUGCACCAUCUGCGGUAUGACAUUCCGAAUGAAGUCAUUCCUCGAGAACCACUACCGCAUUCAUAGUAGUGAAAAACCAUUUGAUUGUAACCUUUGUGGUAAAACAUUCCGGCAUAAAUCGUCCUUGUUUUCUCACAAGAAAAUUCACGACCCCGAAAACUACGAAAAGUGCUCCGUGUGCGGUAAAGCCUUUGCUGAUCCAACUAACCUUAAACGCCACAUGGUAUCCCACACGGGUGUUAAACCUUACGGCUGCGACUAUUGUGACAAACGGUUCAUGCGUCUCAACGAACGAGCAGAGCACAUCAGUUUGACCCACGAAGGAGUUAUGCCUUAUAGUUGUGAGAUAUGUGGUGUUACAUUUACCAACAAACGAGCUUACCAGAAGCACGAGCAUACUGUGUAAUUAUCUGUGUAAGGAUUCUGCUAAGCAUUAAAUAUAUGUUUAUGAAAUAAA